AUGUGGACCCCCAUCAACAAAACCCCUACUCCCGCUCCCACCGACGCCGUAUCCGCGCCAGGCACCCCGUAUAUCCCACGUCCCGGGGACGAGAACGCAGAGAUCCCCGCACAGGAACUCGUCGAUGAAAAGAAAGCCGAGAUUAUCGAGAUUCCACUUAAUAUGCCCCCCCUUCCCCUCCCCAGCCCCCUUCUCAACCUCUCCCUCUCAUAUCCCCCCAAAGCCCGCGACGAUAAAGACGCAAUCGACGCCUCGAACAUCAUUGACGAGCGCACGCGCCAUGCUAGGCCUCUUAGUGGGACGUACCGGAUGCCGGGUGAUGAGGAGGGAUUGCCUGUUGAGUUUGUGGAGGUGAAAGGUUCUGGUUCUACCGAUGGGGAUGAGGGUGUAGAUGGGGGUGUUGAUAUGAUUGAGACUGGGGACGGGAAUAUGGUUGUGGGAGGGGAAGGAGAAGUGGAAGUUGGCAGAGAUGGGGGUGGGAAUGUAGAUGGAGAAAUGAACGGAGAGGGAGAUGAGCAGAUGGAUGGAGAAAUCGAUAUGGGUGUGGUGACUAUCAAGUAG